UUUUUAGCUAGUAAAUUUAGGCCGCUUUUCAUCUCUCUCCAUGGAGGACCCCCAAGAGAAGCAGCUUGAGCCUUGAGCACAUAUUUAUAAGUAUGUCCUCCAGGAGUGCCAACAGCCUCGACAAAGUAACUGCUGAUGUUGCCGCGGUUGCAAAGCGCAUGCACCUUAAGGUCUUGGGUCCGUUCAUGAUACCACCAAAGAUUAUGUGUAUUAGAUCGAGAUUAGGCCCAGGCCCUAAUGGAAAUAAUCUUCAUGGCUACUUUAAGUUAUGUAUUUACGAGAAUCUCAUUGAAGUCUUCAGCUCUACUGAGGUGGUUGAGCAGAUCAUUGCUGGUUCUAAUGAAUGCAAUGUCAAGAUUGAGGUUACAGUUGGUGUAAGAGGGGGGAGCAGUAAGCAGGGGCAAGUUGGUGAGAGCUUUCUUAGUCAGUUGCCUAAGGGCUCAGAGAAGCAGCUUCAGCAGAUAAAAAUCAGAAUGUCCUCAAGGAGAUUGCAAAUCCUCAACAAAGUAACUGCUGAUUUUGUCGCUGUUGCAAAGGGUAUGCACCUCAAGGUCUUGGGUCCUGGCGGGAUACUAAAAAAGGCUGUGAAUAUGACGAGAUUAGCCCCAGGCCCUGAUGGAACCAACCUUGGUGGCAAUUUUAAGUUUAAGUUACUACAUAUCUAUGAGAAUUUUGCUGAAGUCUUCAGCUCCACUGAGGUGGUUGAGCAGAUCAUUUCUGGUUUUAAUAAAUGGGAUGUCGAGAUUGAGAUUUAUUUUGUUGUUGUAGGAGUAUGGAGCGGUUAGCAGGGCCAAGUUGGUGUGAGCUCUGGCCGAAGUCGGUGGCCUCAGGCGACGUUAAGUAAUGUUUAUAUAUACAAUGUAUUUUUUUUUUUUGGUUUGCAGGUAUAUUAUAGUGUUGCUUAAGGCUCUGAAGAGCAAUUUUUAGUAUAUUAGUUUUCGUAUUACUUGGAUAAAGCAAGUGUUUUAUACUUUCCUUUUUGAACAGUGUCACAUAUUGCUCAGAAUUGGACAUAUUGAAUGACC